AGGAGCUGACUUGGAGCGACACACGCAGUGCAGUUGCUUAUAGAAUUCGACAAGAGAAGGAUGGCUAGCAAGGCAGACGGACGAGUUCUUCUCCCCAGCGAUGUGGAGCCUGUGGAGUACCGCAUCAAGCUCACACCGGACAUGCAGAAAUUCACGUGCCGCGGAGAGCAAGAAGUCGAUGUGGAGAUCCUGGAGGAAACCAGUAGCGUGUCCCUCCACAGCAAGGAGAUCUACAUCAUGGAGGCGUCGUUCGUGCCUAUCCCCGAAGGGGGCGAGGGGGCUGCGGCGGCAGAACAGGGAAAGCCCGUGGGGGCGUCGGCCAUCUCUUUCGACCUCAAGCUGUGCACGGCCACCUUUACGUUUCCCGAGCCUCUCGCCAAGGGGAAGGGCACCCUCAAGCUCUCCUUCCAGUGCGACAUCAAUAACCAGAUGGCGGGCUUCUACCGAUCAGGCUACACCACCGUGGACGGAGAGAAGCGGGUCAUGGCCUCCACGCAGUUCGAGGCUCUCGACGCCAGGCGCUGCUUCCCGUGCUGGGACGAGCCCGCCCGCAAGGCUGUCUUCCAGGUGACCCUCGUGGUGCCGAGGGACCGCAUGGCGUUCAGCAACAUGCCGGAGAGGGUGGUGACCGACCUGCCCGGAGGAAAGCUCAAGGAAUUCCAGUUCAUGCCGUCUCCUAAGAUGUCGUCCUACCUGCUAGCGUUCUGCGUGGGGGAGUUCGACUACGUGCAGGGGUCCACCAAGGAGGGUAGGGUCGGGGUGAGGGUGUACACGCCGCCUGGCAAGAGCCACCUGGGAACCUUCGCCCUGGAGGUGGCCGAGAAGACUUUGGACCUCUACGACAACUUCUUCCAGGAAAGGUACCCGCUGCCCAAGCUGGACAUGGUGGCCAUCCCGGAGUUCGCCAUGGGGGCCAUGGAGAACUGGGGGUUGGUCACGUACCGGGAGGUCGACCUCCUCAUCGACGAGGCCCAAGCGGCGAGCCAACAACGACAGCGUGUGUGCUCUGUCAUCACGCACGAGCUGGCCCACCAGUGGUUCGGCAACCUCGUCACGAUGCAAUGGUGGGACGACCUGUGGCUGAACGAGGGCUUCGCGUCGUGGAUGCAGACCUACGCGGCAGACCAGCUUUUCCCGGAAUGGGGCAUGUGGCAGCAGUUCGUGGUCGACGACCAGCAGGCGGCCCUCCGGCUUGACUCCCUCCGUUCUUCGCACCCCAUCCAGGUGCCGAUCGGGCACGCCGAGGAGGUGGAGCAGGUGUUCGACGCCAUCAGCUACUGCAAGGGGGCGUGCGUGGUGAAGAUGCUCAACGCCGUCCUCGGCAUGGACAUGUUCAAGAAGGGCCUCCAGGAGUACAUGAAGAAGCACAAGUACGGCAACACGGAGACGUACGACCUCUGGGACGCGUGGUCGCAGGUCUCGGGCAAGGACAUCGGGCAGAUGAUGCGAUCAUGGACAGAGCAGAUGGGCCACCCUUUGGCCACCAUCACGAAGGAGACCUGGGAAGCGACUUCCUGCACUCUGGAGUUCCGGCAGUCGUGGUUCCUGGCGGAUGGGUCCGAGGUGCAAGGGGAGGAGAAGCAGCUCUGGAACCUUCCCCUCCUGUACUCUACCGCCUCCGACCCCAAGGAGUCCAAGCUGGAGAUGAUGGCCGGGGAGACGCACACCCUCAAGGUGGAGCUGAAGGACAAGGACGAUUGGGUGAAGAUCAACGCCGGGCAACACACGCUGAUGCGGGUGCUGUACACCCCGGAGAUGAUGAAACGCCUCGAGCGGGGCGUGAGGGACCGGACGCUCGCGCCGGAGGACCGCGCGAGCAUCGUUUCGGACGCCUACGCGCUGGUGAAGGCCGGCCGCAUGGGCGCCGACCAGCUGGUUCGGCUGCUGCCGGCGUACAAGGAAGAGGACAACAGCACGGUGUGGAAGGCGGUGGACAGCGUGCUCCUCGGCCUCGACAAGAUCCUCAAGGCCGACGAGGCGAUGAGCAAGCGGUUCUCCAAGCUAGCGGCCGGCCUGCUCGAGCCGAUCGCCGCCAAGGUGGGCUGGGAGCCGAAGGACACGGACGGGCACUCGGGAAAGCUUCUCCGCGCGACUGUCAUCGAGCUCCUGGCCACGUUCUCGGCGGACUCCGCGGAGGUCCAGAAGGAGGCCCAGGAACGGUUCGCCGCCCACAUCGACAACCCUAAGGAGGGCAAGGCUCUGCCCAGCGAGUACGCGAUCCCGGUGUACAAGAUCGUCCUCAAGGCCGGCGGUCAGGAGGAGUUCGACCAGCUCAUGGGGCUGCUCGAGCAAUGCGACAACCAGGCGGAGAGGAAGAUGGUCUACGGGUCGAUCGGGUCCACCCCAACCGCGGCGCUAAAGAAGCAGGUCCUCGAGUGGUCGGUAUCGUCGGUGAAGCUGCAGGACUUCUUCUACCCGCUCAACAGCGUGGCGUCUUCCGGCAAGCUGGGGCAGGACCUCACGUGGGAGUUCUUCCAAGCGAACUUCGAGAGGAUCAAGGGCAUGCUCGCCAAGGCGUCGCCCUCUCUCAUGGACGCGGUGAUAUUGUACUGUUGCGGGGGCUUCACUGAGGAGGACAGGAUGGAGGAGGUGAAGGCGUUCUUCGAGGCGAACCCCGUGCCCAACAGCGCGCGCAAGCUUUCGCAGAUGUUGGAGUCGAUGGCGAUCAACGUGCGCUUCUUCAAGACCAUCGCGGCUUCGCCGCUGGCGACGGAGGCCUUCUGGGAGGGGUUGGAGGUCUGAUGACCCCCUCCCUCGUAUCAUAUCACAACAACAGCAGUGCUUCGCGCUGUGCGAAUGCGUGCUUCUUGUUCUGAUUUACGAGAGUUAGACGUGCUCGUGAACAGGAACGGGUGCGUGGGGCUUGUGGCGACGUCAUACACGGGCCGUAUGUAGCACUAGAUAAAACAAAACCACACCCCAUGGAUGGUAUAGGGGCCACACGGAGGGAGUGCUCAUCGCGUGGUGGGGCGAGAGAGAGAAAGGGACAGACGUACAUGGCAGCCAGCUCGGGCUUUCGUUUCAUGAUAUGUAAGAGCAAUGACGACGUUGCUACUACUUUGAGAGCCGAAAGCCACUUCAGCCCGAGACCGCGCAUUCUUUGCAACGCGGGAGCUGCAAGCAUGAGCCGCGUGAUCAGGCCCCCCGACAGCCACCCGGCCUACGAGCGGGGGGGGUGCGUAUGACCCCCAUGGCGUCAAUUGUGGUGUCGCCCUCUAGGUCUGUAUCUAGCGUAACCUCUCAGGAGAAGAGCAUCGGGAGCCCGAAAUCCCGAACGCCAACCAUGCGCAGGUCUACAAACUUGAGAGAAGUUGCUGCAUGGCAUUUGGUUUUGGUGAUGCCUCUUGUCUUCCCCGCGUGUUGGGCUGACGGGGGGUGCUUGGCCUGUUUGAUGGAAACGAAACGUUCCUCGUGGGUGUUGGGCGUGGUCGGUAUGGUGUUGGCGACGUUUUUUUUAUCGUCGUGUCGUGUUAUUGCUUCCUGUCUAUUGUUGUCCGGCGUGUGGUAGUGGGGUAGAUAACAAGCGCGUGAUUCGGCGAAAAGAAAAGAACGCGAAGCAGAAGAGCUAAAUAAGUGCAUUUGCGUGGUUUGAACUGGAAUCUCAACUCGAG